AUGGAUGCGAGUCACAGUGCUGUUGCGAAGUCUUAUCAAGCGCUGCGCAAGGUCCACGGCGCAAUGGCCAAGCGUGUUCGUCUCACCCACGCUGCAACGGCCAAGCACACUCGAAAGAUGCAGUCUCGCCGACAGGUGCUUGUUCGCCGCAUCGAUUCCUUGACCGCCUCUGCGAACGCUCGCGAGCGUUUGGUAAGCAGGCUUCAGGCGGCGGCAGCCCAGCACACUGACCAGAUCUCCUCCAUCUUCGAUGGGCAAGGCCUCGUCGAAGCCGAGCUACGCACUAAGACCGAGGAGCUGAACGCCGUCAUCGACGCAAAAGAGCAGGUUGAUGCGGAGGUCAAUGAGGUCAAGGAGGCCAGCGAGUUGCUCGGGUUGGAGACGGGCAGGCUUGAAGCGAAGAACGGCAAGCUCCUCAUUUGCCUCGCCUUGGGUCUCACAAUGGCCCGCUUGUUCAUCCGCUGGCAUCGUCAACGCAUCGGUCAUCUCAACGGGCAGGUUGCGAACCUCAAUGGGCGUCUCGAUACCCUCACGAACGCCAACGGAGGCCUCCUUCUGAGCUUGAACAGCAGCAGAAUACUCGCCAACUGGCAUCGACUUGUCAUCGCUUCGAUGAGACAGACCAGCAUUGCCCGUGCGGGUCAAAUUACAACCCUGAACGCGCAGAUUACCAAUUUGAACGGGCAGGUCGUCAACCUCAACGGGCAGGUCCAAGUCCUCACGACGACCAACGCUGGAUUACAUGCGAGCCUGGCGAGCAGCAGAGUCCUUACCAGCUGGCAUCGAUUGAUCAUCUCCUCGACGAGACGCACGAAUGUGGCUCUUGCUGGUCAGAUUACAGGCCUCAACGAGCGGCUCACGAGCAGCAGAGUCCUCACCAGCUGGCAUCGAUUGAUCAUCUCCUCGACGAGACGCACGAAUGUGGCUCUUGCUGGUCAAAUUACAAGCCUCAACGGGCAGCUCGCGAGCAGCAGAGUCCUCACCAGCUGGCAUCGAUUGAUCAUCUCCUCGACGAGACGCACGAAUGUGGCUCUUGCCGGUCAAAUUACAAGCCUCAACGGGCAGCUCGCAAGCCUCACCGGACAAGUACAGAACCUGAGCACUGUCAACGCGGGGCUUGUUGUCAAUCUGCGGACGAGCAGUGUGAUUUCUCAAUGGCGCCGUGUCGUUGCCAUGUCACUCGACCAUGCCAACGCCGGGCUUCUUGCCGAUCUGCAGACGAGUAGGACGAUCUCUCAAUGGCGCCGCGUCGUUGUAAUGUCGACGAUCAAUGCCAAUUCCACCCUUGCCGGUCAGGCUACCAAUCUCAACACGCAAGUCACCAAUCUCAACACGCAAAUCACCAAUCUUAGCGGGCAAGUCACUGACCUCAGCGGACAAGUACGCAACUUGACCACCGUCAACGUCGGGCUUGUUGCGAGUGUACGAACUAGCAGGGCGAUUGCUCAAUGGCGUCGUGUCGUUGUCCUUUCGAUGAGCCAGGCCGCCGCCGCCCGUGCUACUCGGAUCACGAAUCUCACCACCCACAACGACACACUCCUCGCUUCCAACACCUCUCUGAGCACGAAUGUGAGCAACGGCAAGCUGCUCGUUCUCCUACUCCGCUGCAGCACAUCGCGCCUAAGAUCUGAGCUCGCUGAUGCGAGGGCCUCAUCUAAUGACAAGGACAUUUUCGUCGCUGCAUUUGGCGAGCUCAUAUGCGAGUUUGUUGGCAUGCCCCACGUUACCGCCCUCACUCUUUCCGACACCGUGGCCCUCGCGAAUCUCAUUCGACAGGUCAUUGCUGGACUGCAUACUCGAGCCGAAACUGCCGAGACCCUUGCCAACACUCGUAACGGGCGGAUUGCCGAACUGGAGCAUCAAGUGCAGAACAUGACCACCGAAUCCCGGACCACGGCGAACGACAUGGUGGCACGGUAUCGCGAAGGCAUCAGCUCGAAGCACACGUAUUUCGAGAACAUCAUCACCAAUAUGGAGCGACGAUUUCGGCAUCUCCGGAACAGACUGGGCGUUCCGACACAGCUCUUCUUAGCGGUCGUGGCGCAGAUGACGGUGAAGCUCGCCAUCAAGGACCGCCAAUUGCAGCGAGCCGCUCGUCAAGCGCAAGUGUCCUCCCGGCGACACGCUACUGCUAUGGCUUCGACCGUUCCGCGCGUCCUCUAUGACACCGCCAUCUCCCAGCUCACUGUCCAGUUGGCCAUUAAAGACAACCAGUUGGGACGAGCCGCUCGUGAAGCGCAGCUGGCCUUGCAACAACACACCUCCGCAUUGGCUGCCACCAUCUCACACACCCGCCACGCUGCUGCGAUGGCUACGACCGUUCCGCGCGUCCUCUAUAACACCGCCAUCUCCCAACUCACGGUCGAAUUGAGAAUCAAGGACGAGUGGCGCGUGAAUGCCGAGAAGAAGAUCGCCAGACUGGAGAGGCUCUUAGCAUUGCGACUGGAUCCCACGACGGUCGUACCCAGAGCAUUGUUCAACGCCGUCGUCCGCGAGAUAAGCCUCCAGCUGAGGAUGCGGGACGCUCGUUUUAGCAGGCUCGUUCGCCGAUACAACCGUCUCGUCUCCCAAAACAAUGCGACUGCUAUGCGAAUGAAGCGUCUGCAGUACCAAGACGUCUGGCAGCACAUGGCGGGGCCUAACCUUCUCCGCGACAUCCUCCGCUCGACCCUCCAGCCAGCUCUUUACAAUUUCGAGAGGGAAGUCUUCACAAUAGAGGUCAAGUUGAAACGUGCGGAAGACCAAGCAGAAGGAUGGGAGCGUCUCGCGAAGAAGGCGUUCGACGAUGUAGACCUGCUCGAGGAGACGUUGGAGGCAGUGCCCUCGUCGGUGGAGGCUAUGCAGGAGGACGUGCGGGCUGCCAAGGCGCUUGUCGAGAAGGAGAGGAAGGCGUAUAGUGCGAGGGUGUCGUCGUUGGAGGAGCAAGUAGAGGACCACAAGGAUCAAGCCGCAGGAUGGGAGAGGAUCGCGAUGAAGGCAAUGGCAGAUGUCGACCUCGCGGAGGAGGCGUUGGAGGACGUGCAGGAGGUGUUUGGCGAAGAGGAGAGCGAUGCGGAGUAA